UUCUGGCUUUCUUGGUCUGGUACCCUUGACGCCUCUUUUAUUUAUUCGUCAUUUUUGGCUAAUGUUUUCGGCUCUACUAUAAUGUUCUGUUGAAGUUAGUUGUAGUUAGGAUGUGAAUAUAGAGAGACGAAGAGACUCAAUGCAAACCUACAAUAUAACCAAUUUGAUUAUUUAUUAUUUUUGUUGUGUUUUGGCGCAAUUUUCACGUAAAUACACUAUGUGGUCAGUUUCGUAAAGUGUAAACUACAUAAUAUAUCCUAGAAUUUGGAUAUUUGGAGAAGGUAAAGGAUAUAGCAGGGACGAAAAAGUAUUGCAGUCCUCAUAUAAUGGCAAAGUUCCAAUAUGCCAGCCUCCAAAUUCAAGAUUUAGUCAAAUAUAUCCACAUCAGACCAGCGGUAGGUUUUCUGUAAACUUGUGGGCUUAAGUCGUGGACCAGGAGUUUGUUGGAAUAUUGACGGCAGGUUGAACAGCGAAUCUUAUAAAGUAAUAUUAGAAAUCGUUUUCCUUCCAUCAGAAAACCUAUUUUUUGGAUAUAACAAUAUUUUUUUUUGGAUGUAUCAAUAAUUUUUUUUGGAUAUAACAGUGUGUGGGUAUACCUAACUAAGAACAUCUAUAGAGAAGAUUUUAGGCUACCAAACCGCCGUGAAUUAGGGAAAAAUUUAAGACUCCUGAGAGUCUAACUAACACCAGAAUAUACAAGCAUCUUAAUUCGUUUUACGCCCACACAUUUGAAUUUCGUUUUAGAUGCUUAUGGGACAGAAAUGUAAUAUUAGUUGAUCAGUUUCUGAAGAACUUUGGGAAAUACCUAUUGUAUAUUUUGAGUCAUCGACUGUACGUCAUUUGUAAUGACCACAGAUCACAGAGGAUACUCUGUGAUCUGUGGUCAUUACAAAUUACAGCUUAUAAAAUCUUAAACGACAAAAUACUCAAAAUGACAUUUAGUUAAUUUCAAUAAACGCCAUUUUUAAUAUUUGAAGUUUAUAUGUAAAGAAAUAUUUAAAAAUUAAUCAUUUUCAAAAUGAACACAAGAAAAGCAUAUAAAAACAAACGUCGUCUUGUUAAAAGUAAUUCCAAAGCCGGAAAAUUGGGGCAAGAUAUAAGAAUUACGGAGAGCAAAUCAAAUAUUGGAUCGAAAAGAGUAACUUUACUUCCCGGAUUUUUGAUUAAUGGAUUCACUUCUGAUACUGCAAGAAAAGGUGAAAGUCGUCCCAAUAAACAAAACAAAGGUAAAGUAUUGCCUGAUAAUCUGCAGGAGAUUUUCGAACGAAAAAAUAUUUUAAGACGAUCUCAGAGGUUGUCGAAAAGACGCGAGAGUGAUAGUUUACAGUCACCUUAUCAUCAUCAAUCUGGCUCAGAACCUUCGAGGAGCAAUUCUUCGUCUAAUGUACAUUCAAGCAGUGUGCGUUACAAGCCAAUAUUAAAGAAAAAUCCAAAAAGUAUUUUUAAAGAAAUUAGUGACAAACUUUCCGAAGCUCAAAACGCGCAACCUGAAGAGCACCAUCAGCCAAGGAAGGUUUAUAGAACACAUCGACGAGUAGAUGCUAGUGACCGAAAUGUUAGUGAUCAAUAUGACGAAAACGCUGAAACUGAUAAUGUACGGACCUUAUUUGGAGACAAGAAUUGCAAUUUUCACACUCCGCGCUGUAGCCAUUUAAAGUUAAACGUUAACUCUACAUUUUGUACGAACUUUAUUAAUAAAAUUCGUGUAACUUUUAAAAAGAACGUCGUAAAUGAGAGCAAGGAAAUAGUAAAAACGGAAAUCAACAAUGUCAACUUGGUAUUGUCAGGAAAACCAAAAAUGCACGAAAAAACACUGGAAGACAGCGAUGAUAACGAUUUGGAAGACAAAAACAUGCAGAAUACGCUUCCAGUACCGCCAAGGAAUUGGGUUUAUCAUACUCCAAACAAUCGAACAAUUAAUGCAACUCAGCCAUUGAACUGUCAAAUAAAACCUGUUGUGAUACUUGCAAAUAGUAAUCGUUUUGAUUUAUACGAGAUCAAACCACAAUGCAAAAUGGUUCAUAAUCAUUCAGAGCGAGAAACGGCAGAAAGCCCCCUAGGUAGAGCUCAUUUCAGAAGCGAAGUGACUAUUAAUCCAUCUAAAUUUGGAUUUAAACAAAAUAAAAAUCACAAGUUAGAAUUUGAAAAUGGACAACAAAACUACGCUACAGGAAUGGAAACUUAUAAGCAACAGUGUGAUUGCUCACGCCCCAGUUGCAACCGUUAUAAACCGCAGAUCGACAGAAAUUAUGCGGACAAUUAUAUUCAGUUUUGUCCCACUUCGAAUACUCUGAUGGAUGCUAACGAUUUUCAGACUGAAAGCUGUGUAAAAAUCGGACAGUCUCAACACAUACGAGUAAACGAAACAGAUAUAUGUGACGAAGAUGAUUUUAGGGAAAUUCCGCGUUUUGUCUCCAAUUACGAAGAAAAUUCCAAAAACAUGUUCAAUUUUAACAACCGUGGAAACAUGUUUGACUUUGGUUAAAAUGGAGGAUUACUGCUUCAGACCGUAGUGUCACCUUAGCAGUUUUUUUAUACCAAACAUCAGAUUGAAUCAAGAUUUAUUUAGUUACUUAUUUAAGAUAAAAUGUUCAACAUUUGAAACUAUGUAAUAAAACUGCAGAAAAUUA